CUUUUCAAUAUAAAAACAGCAUUGUAUCGUUAGGAAUAAGAAAAUACAGAAAUCUUUACCUCUACAGCGUAUUUCAUAGAAACUUUACAUAAUGAAGAGUCAAGUGUUAGUUCUCUUUUUGACAAGUGCUGUUUUCUUCUUCAUCUUGCCAUCUUUUAUUGUUGGUCAAAUCCUGAAAAAACAGUAUAAGUUUGAAGAAAUUUGCUGGGAUUACUAUGGUACAAUACUUGGGAAUUAUUACAAAGUGCGCGAUUCUGAAGUUUGCGGGGUGAAAUGCACAGAAAGAAGUGGAUGCGUUUCGUUUUUAUACAAGAAGAGUUCCGGCUGGUGUCUCCUUAACUCUGAAACCUUUAUGAAUAGGACAAACGCGGGCUGUAGCUUUUUGUCAGAAUACUACGAGAUAACGACUGGGUUGCCACCAAGACCAGUAGGACCGCCAGAUCGCUGCGGAUUAGUUCCUUACAUUCCCGGUAUUAUAGUGAAUAGAGCUAUCGGUAACUACAGUAUCGGAUCGCAACUCCCCUACAGGUGUGAUCCGUGUACAAGUUAUCCUCCCCCCAGCUCACCAGGGUAUAUUGAAUGCAGUGCUAACGGUUCAUGGAUAAUUCCAUCUGAGCCAUUAUGCGUAUAUGGUCCUGACGUCGGUUUCUUGCGGAAUGGCAGUGCUAUUCCUGUUAAUGCGACAGGCUGCGUCUCAACACACAACAGCACAUGUUCACAAUCAUCAGUAAUGGAAGGUCUCAGGUUUGAUGGAACUUUUGGAGAGUGUUACUGCGAUGACGUAUGCUGUUCAGCCCAAGAUUGUUGCUUUGACACCACGUGUUACCAGACCUCUAAAAUCUACGAUUAUGAUUACUACUACUAUGAUGACUAUUAUGGCUAAUACUUAAUUCCUACCAGCUGCCAAAGUGCUAGCAACAGACAUAUGUACUGAAAUAAGCAUUUGUAUUUUGAAACACAACAAAUUUUCACUAGAACAGAAUAUAAUGCCUAUAUGUCCUUAAACUAGUAUGUCACGGAGAAAAGGUUAUAUUUGUUUUCUCAAUAUUUACUUUCCAUUUCCACUUAGUUCCCAUUUUUUCUCAACUCUCUCUUUCCCAUACAGCCCACCCUUGGUUCCUUUAAUUCCCGCAUCAUCCGUUUUUGUAUUUUGG